CGCUGCCGCCGGGCGCCGGCAGAUCCGGGUCUCCUGGCGCGGGCUGACGUGUGAGCCGGCCCGAACCAGCGGGCCCGAGCCGCGGGGCCGCCCUGCCAGCCCGGCCGCCCUGCCCUGCCCUGCCCUGCCCUGCCCGGCUCUGCCCCGCACCGGCCCCGCCGCGCAGCCCGCCGCAGCCCCUCCGCGCCCCGCCGCGGCGGACACAGCACGGUGUUCACAGACAAGUCCAAUUUUAUCCAGAGAACCAUGGCUGAAGGUGGAUUUGACCCUUGUGAAUGUAUUUGCUCACAUGAACAUGCAAUGAGAAGACUGAUUAAUCUGCUAAGACAAUCCCAGUCGUACUGCACAGACACAGAAUGCCUUCAGGAAUUGCCAGGACCAAAUCCCUCUGGUGACAAUGGCAUCAGCUUUGCCAUGAUAAUGAUGGCCUGGGUGGUGAUUGCGCUUGUCUUAUUCUUACUGAGACCUAGUAAUCUCAGAGGAUCCAACACAGCCGGAAAGCCAACCAGCCCACAUAAUGGACAAGAACCACCAGCCCCACCAGUGGACUAGAGUGUUCAGCAUUGGAAAAGUUCAGCAGCUAAAACCUUGCACGACCAAAUGAACGAAGAGACCAGAUUACUCCUAGACUCCAUUCAAUACUGUUUUCUUUUCUCAUUUAUAUAGAGCAGAAUUACCAUUCAGCAGUUAUCUUCAUGAACUGCUUUUAGUGACUUCGAUUUUAAGUUAAUUUGUGCUACCACAAUUCCUAGCAGAUUGUCAUUUGAAUAACGAUAAGGCAUUGCAGGAGUUUUUUUGGUUGUUACUGUUGCUGCAGACAUUCCACUCGGUCUCCUUCUGUUACAAGGUUCCUAAUUUCUUUGCAGUGAUUUCUGAUAUGCAUUGAAAGAAAAAGAAAAACCCUGUCCUAUAAUAGUGGAAGGUUUCUGGCCUUUCUUCAGAUUAAUCCGUAUUUUUUCUUCAGUAUGCUUUUGAGAGUUAUAUUAUGAUUGCAACUACUAGCUUAGUUAUGUGGUGAAAAAUUGAUACUAUUUUAUAUUUGCCCUGGAUUCAGAGCAGCUUUUACUCUGGUCUUUGGACCUCUAAAAUAGUUUUCAGGAUUGUUGGCAAAAGCACGAAUUGUCCAUUAGAAUUAUACUCUGUGUGUGUGUGUGUGUGUGUGCAAAGAACUGAAUGUGAUAAUUGCCACUAUCAAAGCUUUGACAUAUAUAUUGAGAACUUUACACAAAAGAUUAUACUGCCAAAAAAUAAAUUAAUUUAGUCUUGUUCAUUAUUAAAAUACACAUAUUAUUCAAUAUAUUGUCCAAAAAUUUAUUGAAAAAAUUAUUUUGUUUAUUUAUAGACUUAAUGAAAAGAGAAAUACAGUGAGAAGAACUUAGUAGAAUUUUCUGUUCUGGUAUAGUCUUUUGAUAACUGGUAUCUUAACAAGUUUCUAGCCUUGAUUGGACAGGAUGAAAUAAUUCAAGUAUGUUACCAAGGUUACCGACUUUUCAUAUUCAACAAAUACUAGGUAUUCAGUUUUUUUCACCUGUAUGUUAUCAACAAUUCUUAACAUUUCAUCCUUAUCUACUGAUAAUUGUAGACUAACAAACUUACAGGUGACUACAUAUGGCGUGUCUUGUCCCUCUAAUAUUUGUGUGUGUGGUGUGUUUGUGUGUGCGUGUGUGGCUGUGCACGUACCCGUGCACGUCUCCCGUUGUAGCAAACGGGAAUGACUUUUUUUAUGUACAUUAUUUUAAGAACAUUUUAAAGAUGUACAGAAAAGUAACACUGUAUAUUUUUCUUGAUCAAUUGGAAAAAUCGAUGAGAGUAAUGUAAACAACGUUUUUAUGUUACCAACAUGAAGCUUCUUUCCAUAAAGGUCAGUAGAACAGACAUAUGGGAAUUCAAAGCCUUCCUCUACAAACCUUUCAUUAAGACUUUAGUUACAGAGCUGAAGGGACUAACUGUUAAGAUGCCUAAAGGUUUGUAUUAAUGGGUCCCAACAAAAAUCUCACAUCAGAUCCAAUGGUUGACAGGCGCAGGGUUUUCCUCCUCAGGGUAAAUGGCAGGCCAGCCAAGCCUCCUUGUAAAGGUACAUAGACCUGAAGAAAGGCUUCUGUAAUAUGAUGUAACUUCCCUUUGAAUUUCUGUGGAAUAGCAUGCUCCCAGGCAUAGGAGCAUGUGUAAAAAAAAAAUUGUAAACAAAAAAGAAGAUGAUUGGGCCAGAUGCUCUCAGAGAUGUCAGUGCAGGUCCACGUGAAGCAGUGGAGCUGCAGCAGAGAAGCUGAAUUUGUCCUGUGAGGUCUAAUGGUGUACAGGCCACAAUCACUGUGUAAAGAUGUCACUGGGACAGGCAGUCUGACUGUGCUUGCUUUUUGCCUUCUGUGUACAUUUAAGUUCAGGAUACUGUUUUAAAUAGAAUAAGUAAUACAGCACAAUUUUGUUGAACCAACAAGAAAAUAGGUAUGAUCUCCUACAAUUACCUCUUCUCCAAGCUUUUUUUUGCCAGAAUUCUUCAGUAUUGGUUGCAUAAAACAGGCUUCCAGUUGAUUAAAAAGCCAACUGGAACAGGCUUCAGACAGAGCACUGCUCCUCAUCGCAUUGACUGGUGAGAUUUACAGCAGAUGCUCCUCACUUGUGAGGAUCGGUCUCGCUUUAUUUACAUGUCUCUGUAUGUAUUUGUAAAACCCACCAUGUGCACCCAGCUCUGACAGUCUAGGCAAGUGAACUUUUUGCUCAGUGUAAUGUUGUGUUUGACAUUUAAAUGAACUGUCUUUGCUUUAAAUUCAUUUUAAUUGUCCCAGUGAUUUCAUACAUGUAUGCGUUCCUCAUGUAAAUUGCUAUUUUAAAUUUUCUAUGUAAAAGAAAAAAAAACACAUUGGAAAUAUUUUAUUGUAAAAGGUUUUAUUGAAGAGCCAGGCCACUAUCCCACAUAAAAAUGUAGGCCUUUUAGAUUCAGAUAAUCUUUCCAAGAUACAACCUUCAGAUCACCACUCUUAAUUAAAAUUAAUUAAUUGUAGGACUGUAUUUUGCCACUCUUAUUCAUGUUAAAUGGUGCCUUACUCAUGAAGUAGUUGCACUGACGUUUGUGGAACUACUCUGAGAUAAUGUACUAGUAGCAGCUUUAGUAAGGGUGGCAGAAAUCUGGCCUUCAGUGAUGUACUUUGUGAUGAAAAAAUUGUAUCAUGGUUACAGAUGUUUAUGGUAAAUUUUGAGAAGUGUGGAAGAGAUUAGAGGUAUGUGGAGCUUCAGGAUAUGAUUAAUCCUGUAAUGAGGGUUUUAGGCUCGGUUAGUGAGAGACUCAAGUUGCAGCAACUUGGGAAAUACGGAGGGAAGUUUACAAUUAUACCUUAGUGUAGAAUUUUGUUAAAACAAUAGUAUUUUUAGAGUCUGCUUAACACAAUUAUUAUACUCUGAAAUGAGAAAUCAUACGUAUUCAUGUAUUGUCUGCAGAUCACUUAGCCUUGUAAUGUUCAUGAUUGAAAAAGGAAGAGUGAUGAUGUGGCGUACCUAAUGUAAGUCGGUGGUUUAAAAUGUCUGAAUUAUGCCAAACAAACAAUAAUCUGUGCCAUUUGCAGUUUCCUAGUAAUCUUUUACUGAGUACUUGGAUUGGGAUAAAGGGCUUGUACUAUGCACUUUUUAUUGACUUAACAAAAUAAAUAGCAAUCAUUAGUAA